AGGAAGGGGAGGGUGCUCCUCUCUGCUCAGGACUGGUGUCUAUGGGCCCAGUUCUGGGGUAAGGCCAGAUUGCAUCAGACAGGGCUUGGAGGGCGGGAGCCAGCCCUGUGAUCUAAGGAGGAGAAAGCAUUAUAAGUAGGAGUGAGGGAACUGGGAGAAGGCAGACAUUCAGAAAAGGAGACGCUCGCAAGACUUUGGAGAAAGCAGUCCAGGCGUGAUGGCCACCUUGCCACCAGCAGCCAACCCUUCCCAGCAACCUCUGAACCUUGAGGAUGAAGACGGAAUCCUGGAUGAGUACGACCAGUACAGCCUGGCCCAUCCUUGUGUCGUCGGGGGAGGUCGGAAAGGUCGGACCAAGAGAGAAGCUGCGGCCAAUACCAACCGCCCUAGCCCUGGUGGGCAUGAGAGGAAGCUGCUGACCAAGUUCCAGAACUCGGAAAGGAAAAAGGCCUGGCGCUGAGACCCGAGCUGGAGAUGAGGCCAGACCACAGACACCACACCCAGCAAUGGAUACAGGACACCACACCCUGCAAUGGAUACAGGACCUUGGAGAAAUUAGGAGUUGUAAGCAGGACUUAGGCCUGCUUGAUUCUUUCCCACCUCAGUGAGGUUCUGGAGAGGGAACACCAAGAUAAAGCCCUUCCAGACCCAGCAAAAGGGCAAGAUAGGAGCAAGAAGCAGAGAGUGGAUGGGCUGAGCUAGGAAGGCACCCCCAAAAAGAACUGUGGGAGAAAUUGGAUGCCCUUGGGUGGCAGCAACAAUAAACCAUACAGUAGUGACA